AUCGAACAAAACUGCUCUUACAAGCUUUUCUCUCCAAAUACUUUACACACAGAAAAUGGGUUCUUUUCAAAGCUUACACUGGAUUAUUAAUUUGAUGAUUUCCCUCGUAGUUCUGGUUCCGACUAUUAGUCGAAGGGCUCGUUUAAUCCUGGGGAAGAUUUCCGUUCACCGGAAAUACUUUCAGAGGACAGCGUUUACGCGACUCGAGCCACGGUGUUUCUUGUUGUUAUGUUUUGCAGGUCUUUCUCCGUGUUGGCGACACAAGUGUUUUGGACCUGCGGUAAUAAGAUUAGAACAAAGUGCUGCCAUGGAAGAACUAAAGAAGAUGAUAUCCAGGAACCGCCAUGCCGCCGCAAACUGCCGGAGAGGAAGGAUGAAGCUCUUAGCCUGAGUAAUCUCGUGUUUCAGUCGGCCAAACUGGGACAGCCAGGAGCAAGUGAAGAAGUCAAAUUCCCAACAAUCUCUGAAAGUAGUAACGGACGAGGAUCACUGUUGAGAUCCAUGUCAUCUGCGCUCCUGCGAUUCCAAGUAAAAGGGGAGCUGCAAUGUUUGCUUACAUGCCCACUACGCAGUCUGGUAUCUCUGUUAAUCGUUUUGGUUUCAUUAUUCUUGUACUGCCAUAUUCGAAUUAUACACUACCACUAGGGGUGUCCGUCGGUUCGGUUUUGGCGGUUUCGGUUUUAUCGGUUCGGUUUUAGUCGGUUUCGGUUUUUUGUCGGUCGGUUUUGAUCGGUUUCGGUUUUAGUCGGGCGGUUUUAGCGGCUUUAAAAAUAGAUGAAACCGAGAAUCGGACCACAAAAAUUGAGACAAUUUUGGUCAAUUUUAGCCAUUUUUGCCGGUUUAUUUUCAUUUGACCGGUUUUUUAAGCCAAAAGUACGAACCGUAAGCCGAAUAACCGAUGAAUUAGUCAAUUUCGGUCGGUUUCGGUUUUAUCGGUUCGGUUUUGGUCGGUUUCGGUUUUGGUCGGUUUCGGUUUUGGUCGGUCGGUUUUGGUCGGUUUGGCGGUCGGUUUCGGUUUUUCGGUUUUUUUGUUCACCCCUAACUACCACAAUUGGAGUGUACCGUACUGUAUUAUUUUAUCUCAAUUUGUGAUAAUUUUAAUUGUUACCCUAUUCACAAUAAGCCUUGGUUUAAUCCCACUUAUUAUAAUUUAUGUCAUUGUAUGUGAUAGAAAGACAACUAUGAGAAACAAUAAUCCACUUAAAUCAAAAAUAAAAUUGAUUAAAAGUGAUGAAAAUUUUAUUGCGGUUGUUUCUCAAAGUUGUAAAAUAAAUGAUGUGAAUGAAUGGUUGGUAGACUCCGGGGCCACCAAGCACAUUUGUAAAAACAAAAGUGCUUUUACCUCCUAUAGUACUACUAUGGGAGAUGAUGAAGAGCUCGUGUACCUAGCGGACUCAAAAACCGCAAAGGUGCAUGGUAAAGGGAAAGUUCUUCUUAAACUCACAUCGGGGAAAACUUUAUCACUAAAUGACGUACUUUAUGUGCCUGAGUUUCGGACUAAUUUAGUUUCUGUUUCUCUCUUGGUAAAAGCUGGGAUUAAAGUAUCUUUUGAUUGUAACAAAAUUGUUAUGACCAAAAAUGAUGUUUUUGUUGGCAAAGGCUAUUGUAAGAAUGGACGUUAUGUGCUUAGUAUUCCGAAAUUAAUUCGUGAAAAUGCUUCUUAUUUGAUUGAUUCAUAUGAUGUGUGGCAUGCAAGAUUAGGACAUGUGAGUGACUCUUAUAUCAAUUUGUUGCGUGAUCGUGGUUUGAUUUCUAGUGGAAAGAAAUUGACACUAGAAAAAUGUGAUAUUUGUGUUGAAUCAAAACAAACCAAAAAAUCAUGUCCUACCACACAUAGGGAAUCAGAACUGCUUGAGUUAAUUCACACGGAUUUGGGUGAUUUAAAAAAUACCAUGACAAGAGGUGGUAAUAAAUUUUAUGUCACCUUUAUUGAUGAUUUUUCGAGAUACACUAAAGUUUAUUUGCUUAAAAGUAAAGAUGAGGCUUUUGAUAAAUUUUUAGUGUAUAAAUCCGAGGUGGAAAAUCAAUUGAAUAAGAAGAUUAAGAGAGUGAGAUCGGAUAGAGGGGGCGAAUAUAUUUUAAUAAAUGAUUUUUGUGAGAGGGAAGGGAUUAUCCAUGAGAUAACUCCCCCGUAUUCGCCCGAAUCCAAUGGAAUAGCUGAAAGAAAAAAUAGGACAUUAAAGGAGAUGAUGAAUGCUCUUUUAAUUAGUUCUGGUGCUCCUGAUAAUCUGUGGGGGGAGGCUAUUCUUUCUGCUUGUCACUUACAAAACAGAAUUCCUUAUAAGCAUAAUAAGAGAACACCAUAUGAAUUGUGGAAAGGUCAUGCGCCUAAUUUGAAAUAUUUGAAAGUGUGGGGGUGUUUGGCUAAAGUCUUAUUGCCUGAUCCUAAGAAGAGGAAAAUUGGUUCUAAGACAUCUGAUUGCAUAUUUAUUGGUUAUGCUGAAUGUAGUGCUGCUUAUAGAUUUCUUGUUUUGAAAAGUGAUGUGCUUAAUUGCAAUACUAUUAUUGAAACAAAAAAUGCUGAAUUUUUUGAGAGUGUGUUUCCUUUAAAGCCAGAAUACAAGACCGUUGUGCCAUAUCGUGAAAGUGAGCCAUUAAAAGAAAAUAAUACUUUUAAUGAUGAACCCUCUAAUUUGAGAAGAAGUAAGAGGCCAAGGAUAGAAAAAUCUUUUGGAAAUGAUUUUUAUACAUAUCUUGUUAAUGAUGAACCUUUUACUUAUUCACAAGCUAUUUCAUCAAAAGAGGCUCCUUUUUGGCUUGAGGCAAUUCAAAAAGAAAUUUAAUCUAUUCAGAAAAAUAAAACUUGGAUUUUAACUGAAUUGCCUAAAGGGUGCAAACCAAUCGGAUGUAAAUGGAUUUUUAAAAAGAAAUUUAAUCCGGAUGGUUCUAUUGACAAAUAUAAAGCGAGGCUUGUGGCAAAAGGUUUUUCUCAAAAACAAGAUGUUGAUUAUUUUGAUACUUUUGCACCGGUAACGAGAAUAUCUUCCAUUAGAACUUUAAUUGCCUUGGCUUCUAUUCACAAACUUCUUAUCCAUCAAAUGGAUGUUAAAACGGCAUUUUUAAAUGGUGAAUUAGAGGAAGAAAUUUAUAUGGUGAAACCGGAGGGUCAUGUAGUUUCUGGACAGGAACACAAAGUGUGUAAGUUGGUCAAAUCUUUAUAUGGUUUGAAACAAGCUCCUAAACAAUGGAAUGAAAAUUUUGAUGAAGUAUUAUUAGCUCAUGGUUUUACCUCACUUGAAGUAGAUAAAUGUGUAUACACUAAAAUAAAAAAUGGUGUGUGCAUUAUUAUUUGCUUGUAUGUGGAUGACAUGCUAAUAUUUAGCAGCAACAUUGAGUUAAUAAAUGAGACAAAAUUAUUUCUUGCUUCAAAAUUUGAUAUGAAAGAUUUGGGUGAAGCAAAACUGAUUUUGGGUAUUAAAGUCAUAAGGAAGGAUGAUGGUAUUAUACUAUCUCAAGAGCACUAUGCUGAAAAACUUCUAAAGAAGUUUGGACAUUUCGAUGUCAAACCUGUGGAAAUCCCUUAUGACUCUAGUACACAUUUGAAAAAGCAUAGAGGUGAUCCUGAGGCUCAAUAUGAAUAUGAAAAAAUAAUUGGGAGUUUAUUACACUUGAUGAACUAUACGAGACCCGACAUAGCUUAUGCUGUCGGAAGAUUGAGCCGAUAUACUCAUAACCCAAGUGGGGAUCAUUGGACCGCGUUGAGGCGGUUAUUGAGAUAUUUGAGAGGUACCAUGAAUUAUGGUAUAUUUUAUAGAGGUUUACCCGCUGUACUAGAGGGAUACAUCGAUGCUAACUGGGUCUCUGACUCAGAUGAGAUUAAAUCCAAUACUGGAUAUAUAUUCACCCUUGGAGGUGGUGCUAUUAUGUGGAAAUCAACUAAACAAUCUCUCAUUUCUAGAUCCACUAUGGAGUCCGAGCUUAUAGCUUUGGAAGUGACUAGUAGUGAGGCGGAGUGGUUGAAAAAUUUCUUAGCAGAAAUUCCGGUUGGUACAAAACCAAC